CCGCCGGCUCUGGACUCUCCCAAUUCUGAGCUCUCAUCAUGGCGGCGGCGGCGGCGGCGGCUGUCGGGGGGCAGCCGUCGCCUCAGUCUGAGCCGCCUCAGCCAGAGCUGGGCCGGGACAAGGCGGCCACGGCGGCACACCUGAAGGCGGCGCUGAGCCGGCCGGACAACCGGGCAGGCGCUGAGGAGCUGCAGGCUCUGCUGGAGCGGGUGCUGAGCGCCGAGCGGCCGCUGGCCCGGGCGGAGGGCGGGGGGGAGGAGGCGGCGGCGGCCGGAGGAGGCGGCGGGGGCGGCAGCGGCGGCGGGCCAGGGGCGGCGGAGGAGGAGGCCCUCGAGUGGUGUAAGUGCCUUUUGGCCGGCGGCGGCGGCUACGAGGAGUUCUGCGCCGCGGUGCGGGCCUACGACCCCGCGGCGCUCUGCGGCCUGGUCUGGACAGCCAACUUCGUGGCCUACCGGUGCCGGACGUGCGGCAUCUCCCCUUGCAUGUCCCUGUGCGCCGAGUGCUUCCACCAGGGCGACCACACCGGACACGACUUCAACAUGUUCCGCAGCCAGGCCGGAGGCGCCUGCGACUGCGGGGACAGCAACGUGAUGCGGGAGAGCGGGUUUUGCAAAAGACAUCAAAUUAAAUCAAGUUCAAAUAUUCCUUGUGUCCCAAAAGACUUACUGAUGAUGUCUGAAUUUGUUCUUCCACGAUUUAUUUUUUGUCUUAUUCAAUACUUAAGAGAAGGCUAUAAUGAACCAGCAGUUGAUGUGUCCUCAGAAAAAGACCUUCACAAAGUCCUUCAGUUGUUGGGACCCCAAAUUUCCUUUCUGGAAGAUUUGACUAAAAUGGGAGGAGCAAUGCGAUCUGUUCUUACUCAGGUUUUGACAAAUCAGCAAAACUACAAAGAUCUUAGCUCUGGUCUUGGAGAAAAUGCAUGUGCAAAGAAAAGUCAUGAAAAGUACCUCAUAGCUUUGAAGGGCUCUGGAUUGGCAUUUCCUGAGGAUAAACUUACAUGUGGCAUGCAAGACCAGGCUGCUGGCACUAGCUCUCUGGCAGUUUCAGGUUUUGCAGGUGCUACAGGAACAUCAGGACAAGUAGAUUCUUCAGAUGAGGAGGACCAGGAUGGUGGCCAAGGUGUGGGCAAGCGCAAGAGGGUAAAAUUAAGCAGCAGUGUCAAAGAUCAAUCUAUUAUGGAUGUUUUGAAACAUAAAAGUUUUCUAGAAGAAUUAUUAUUUUGGACUAUAAAAUAUGAAUUUCCACAAAAGAUGGUAACUUUCUUACUCAACAUGCUACCAGAUCAAGAUUAUAAGAUUGCUUUUACGAAAACCUUUGUCCAGCAUUAUGCUUUUAUUAUGAAAACACUGAAGAAAAGUCAUGAAUCAGACACGAUGUCUAACAGAAUUGUGCAUAUUAGUGUUCAGCUAUUCAGCAAUGAAGAACUAGCGAGACAAGUAACAGAAGAAUGCCAGUUGCUGGAUAUCAUGGUCACUGUCCUAUUGUACAUGAUGGAAAGUUGCCUUAUUAAAAGUGAGCUACAAGAUGAAGAAAACAGUUUACACGUGGUAGUGAACUGUGGAGAAGCACUACUGAAGAACAAUACUUAUUGGCCUCUUGUCAGUGAUUUUAUUAAUAUCCUUUCACAUCAAAGUGUGGCAAAGAAAUUCCUGGAGGAUCAUGGUUUGUUAGUUACUUGGAUGAACUUUGUGUCAUUUUUUCAAGGUAUGAACUUAAAUAAACGAGAACUAAAUGAACACGUGGAAUUUGAAUCUCAGACCUACUAUGCUGCAUUUGCUGCUGAGCUUGAGGCUUGUGCACAGCCAAUGUGGGGACUGUUAUCACAUUGCAAAAUUAGGGAAACACAAGAAUAUACAAGAAAUGUUGUUAGAUAUUGCCUAGAAGCACUUCAGGACUGGUUUGAUGCUAUUAAUUUUGUAGAUGAGCCAGCUCCCAACCAGGUUACUUUUCAUUUGCCACUACAUCGUUAUUAUGCUAUGUUUUUGAGUAAGGCUGUGAAAUGUCAAGAGCUAGAUCUAGAUUCUAUUUUACCAGAUCAGGAAAUGUUGAUGAAACUAAUGAUUCACCCACUCCAAAUCCAGGCAAGUCUCUCUGAAAUUCACAGUAAUAUGUGGGUUAGAAACGGCCUCCAGAUCAAAGGGCAAGCUAUGACUUAUGUACAGUCUCAUUUCUGUAAUUCCAUGAUUGAUCCUGACAUAUACCUUUUACAGGUCUGUGCUUCUAGACUUGACCCAGAUUAUUUUAUUUCAUCUGUCUUUGAAAGAUUUAAGGUAGUGGAUUUGUUGACAAUGGCUUCACAACAUCAAAAUACAAUACUUGAUUCAGAACAUGAGAGAUCUAUGUUAGAAGGAGCCCUUACGUUUCUUGUGAUUCUGUUGAGUCUUCGUUUACAUUUAGGAAUGACAGAUGAUGAAAUCCUCAGGGCAGAGAUGGUAGCCCAACUUUGUAUGAAUGACAGGACGCAUAGUUCAUUGCUGGAUCUCAUUCCAGAAAAUCCCAAUCCCAAAAGUGGAAUUAUUCCAGGUAGCUACAGUUUUGAAUCUGUGUUGUCAGCUGUAGCUGAUUUUAAAGCUCCUGUUUUUGAACCUGGAGGUUCUAUGCAACAAGGAAUGUAUACUCCCAAAGCUGAAGUCUGGGAUAGAGAGUUUGACCCAGUCAUGGUAAUCCUUCGGACAGUUUACCGUAGAGAUGUGCAGUCUGCAAUGGACAGAUAUACCGCAUUUUUAAAACAGAGUGGAAAAUUCCCUGGAAACCCUUGGCCUCCCUACAAGAAAAGAACACCUCUGCACCCCAGUUACAGAGGUCUCAUGCGACUUUUGCAUUGUAAAACUUUACACAUUGUCCUGUUCACAUUACUUUACAAGAUUUUGAUGGACCACCAAAAUCUGUCAGAACAUGUCCUCUGUAUGGUUUUGUACCUGAUUGAAUUAGGGCUUGAAAAUUCACCGGAAGAAGAACCAGAUGAAGAAGAACCUGUGGGUGGACAAGAACGCUGCCAUGACAGUUGGUUUCCUGGUAGUAACUUAGUAUCCAACAUGAGGCACUUUAUUAAUUAUGUGAGAGUGAGAGUUCCAGAGACAGCUCCAGAAGUGAAGAGAGAGCCACCUGCAAGUACUAGCUCUGAUAGCUUUGCUUCUACACAAAAUUCAGGUACAGCUCAAGUUUUCAGCUUAGUAGCAGAACGUAGAAAGAAAUUUCAAGAGAUCAUUAAUCGUAAUAGUGGUGAAGCAAAUCAGGUGGUUCGUCCCAAAACAUCAAGUAAAUGGUCUGCUCCUGGUUCAACUCCACAGUUAACUACAGCUAUUUUGGAAAUCAAAGAAAGUAUAUUAUCUUUAUUAAUCAAACUUCACCACAAACUCUCAGGAAAACAAAACUCCUACUAUCCUCCCUGGUUAGAUGAUCUAGAAAUUUUAAUCCAACCAGAAAUUCCUAAAUACUGUCAUGGAGAUGGCAUGACUGCAGUAGAGAGAAUUUUGUUAAAAGCUGCAUUGCAAAGCAGAUUAAACAAGCGCAUUAUUGAAGAAAUAUGUAGGAAAGUGACCCCUCCUGUACCGCCAAAAAAGACCAGUUCAGCGGAGAAGAAGACUUUGGAUAAAGAAGAAAGGCGACAAAAGGCUAGAGAAAGACAGCAGAAGUUGCUUGCAGAAUUUGCUUCCAGACAGAAAAGCUUCAUGGAAACUGCUAUGGAUGUUGAUUCUCCAGAAACUGAUAUUGCUAUGGAGAUAGUGACACCAGAACAGCAAGUCUCUGAAGCAGUGUAUGACUGUGUCAUCUGUGGACAGAGUGGUCCAUCCUCAGAAGAGCGACCCACAGGGCUGGUUGUGCUUUUGCAAGCCUCUUCAGUCUUAGGGCAGUGCCGAAAUAGCACAGAGCCAAAGAAACUGCCAACCACGGAAGAGGAGCAGAUAUACCCUUGGGAUACAUGUGCUGCAGUACAUGAUGUUAGGCUUUCGUUAUUACAGCGUUUUUUUAAGGAUAGUUCCUGUCUCCAGGCUGUAUCAAUUGGCUGGGAAGGAGGUGUUUAUGUACAAACUUGUGGACACACAUUACACAUUGAUUGCCAUAAAUCAUACAUGGAAUCAUUACGGAAUGACCAGGUUCUUCAGGGUUUCUCAGUGGAGAAAGGAGAAUUCACAUGCCCACUCUGUCGUCAGUUUGCUAACAGUGUUCUUCCCUGUUAUCCUGGAAACAAUGUGGAAAAUAGCCUUUGGCAGUGUCAUAGUAACAAGAGCCUGCAAGAACUCAUAAAAGAGGUUGAAGAACUUCAAGAACAGCUGGGAAUUUUCCCAGUAAGCAUCAGUUCAGAAACCAACUUAAGUAAAGAAAUGGAAUCUGUAAUGAAGGAUAUCAAAAGUACUACACAAAAGAAAUACACAGACUAUAGCAAGACUCCUGGCUCACCAGACAAUGAUUUUCUCUUUAUGUAUUCUGUAGCUAGAACCAAUUUGGAACUGGAGUUAAUUCAUCGUGGAGGAAAUUUGUGUUCAGGUGGAGCAAGCACAGCUGGCAAACGAUCUUGUUUGAAUCAGCUGUUCCAUGUAUUAGCCAUGCAUAUGCGGCUUUAUAGCAUUGAUUCUGCCUACAAUCCAUGGAAAAAACUAACUCAAUUAAUGCAGGAUAUGAAUUCACAACUCUGCAAUGAAGAGCAACCAGAGGUUCCUGUGCUUUACAGAGAUGUUUCAUCACUUUUGCUUAUCCAGAUUUUAACCAUGCCACAGCCUUUACACAAAGAACAUUUUACAUGCAUCGUGAAGGUACUUUUUACAUUACUGUAUACACAGGCUCUUGCAGCACUUUCAGUUAAAUGCUGUGAGGAAGACAGGUUAGCCUGGAAGGACUUGGGGACACUCAAAAAGAAUACAUGCAAUGCAGAAAAGUCUUGGGAGGUUUUACUGAGCCUUGUAAUAAGUGAACUAUCUAAAGGGAAGUUGUACCUUGAAGGAGAAACUGAAGAACUUGGAAUGGUUAACCCUAUUGCCUGGUCUCCUGAUAACAUAGAAAGAUAUUUACAGCAGUUCUGCUUACCUUUUCUCAGGAUCACUAGCCUUCUUCAACAUCACCUUUUUGGGGGAGAUUUACCAAGCUGUCAGGAAGAAGAAGAAUUUACUGUUCUUGCUAGCUGCUUGGGGCUUCUGCCAUCUUUUAGUCAAACAGCUCAUCCAUUCACCAGCGCCUCCUGCCUUGACUGGCCUGUUCCAGCAUUUGACAUCAUACCUCAGUGGUGCUUUGAAGUAACUUCAUUUUCUGAAAGACAUGCAGAACAAGUAAAGGUUUUGCUUAUCCAGGAGUCAAAAUGGGAUUUGCCACAUUUAUUACAGUUGCCAGAGAACUAUAAUACCAUCUUUCAGUACUACCACAGAAAAACCUGUAGUGUCUGCACUAAAGUUCCUAAAGAUCCUGCUGUUUGUCUUGUUUGUGGUACUUUUGUCUGCUUGAAGGGACUUUGCUGCAAACAACAAAGUUACUGCGAAUGUGUGCUGCAUUCUCAGAACUGUGGUGCCGGAACAGGAAUAUUCCUUUUGAUCAAUGCAUCGGUAAUUAUCAUUAUUCGAGGCCACCGUUUCUGCCUCUGGGGUUCUGUUUAUCUAGAUGCACAUGGUGAAGAAGACCGGGAUCUUAGACGUGGCAAGCCUCUCUACAUUUGCAAGGAAAGAUACAAAGUUCUUGAACAGCAGUGGGUUUCUCAUACUUUUGAUCACAUCAAUAAAAGAUGGGGUCCACAUUAUAAUGGGCUAUAAAUCAUCUAUUACCUGCAGCUUCACACCAUAUCAUCCAUCACCUUUACUAAGAAUCCAGCUUUACAAAGAUAAGCUUUAACUUAAUUUGGGGGAUUAACUCACUGGAAAAAAUGAAACCAUGCCAUUUUUUAAGCCUUUCAAUAAUUAGGUGCUGUUGAUACUACAUUAAUGGUACUAUAACUUAAAAAAAAAUCUUUGGGAGGGCAUGAAAAGUUUAAUUUCCUUGGUACUCAUGCUUUUUGUUUAUUCCACUAUUGAUAAGAAGCACAAGUUGUUCUCAGAAUUAUUUAAAAGUGAGAUCUCCCAACAAUGCGUUGAAAUAUUUCUUUGAUAUUUUGAGUGGAUUUGAGUUAUUGCAGGUUUACUGCUUCCACAUCCUUUGUGUUUAAUUUGCAUCUACUAAACAUAUUGCACCAUUUUUUCUUUCCAUUUCUUGUGUUGAUUUGGGAUUUUUGCUUGCUACAUAUGUAAUUAUAUACGACAAUUGUAAAACAUGAUUUAUGUGAGAUAUUGUAUAGUAAAAGUUGGUCUAACAGUAGAACUUAAAAAAAAUCCACUUAUUGUGAGAGGUCUGUUAAAAGCUUUCAGACUUUGCUGAAAACCUAACUCAUUCUCAGGAAUUUCAUAAAUAUUAUCCCCAGGUAAAUAAAUAAAAUAGCUGUAAAAUAAUUAGAUUGCUACUGUUAAUGUAAUACAGUAUACUCUUUUUCUUUUGCUCCUUCAAAAAACAAAAUUUGCCAUUACAAUUGGGUGAAUUAUUAGUGGUAGUAAUAUAUAGAUUUUACUAUAUAUACAAAUUUUCUAAGACCAUACAACAUGACAGAUUCUAAUUACAACCAUGCAUGCCUGCCUUUCAUUAUCAACCCAGAUAUGUUGUUUGAGUGAUUGAAUUGGAAAUAUGCAGACUACCCUAAAAAUGAAACAUGAUUUUGGAUCUUUCCUGUCAACUCAAGAAAUUCAUCUGUAUUGUGUUUGUGCAGAGUAAUCACUGAUUUUUCUGCUUGAUUUCCUUUAAAAAGAAAAAAAAAAGCUAAACAGAAGUGGCCCUGGUUUGAAUGACUGCAUCUAUAUUCUCGGAAGAAUGCUGGAGAAGCAGUUUAUGUUUAUAGUGUUUUUAAUUCAGCAAGAAUAAAAAAGAUUGACCUUAAAUCCACAUCUAUGUAAGAGAGGGAGAGUAUGGACAAAAAAUGCUACCAAACAAUUUUUCAAAUGAUCCAGACAUUGGUUGAUUAUUUCAUAUAAAAUGCUGUCAAAACCAUUCCUAGUACUUUUGACUUUCAUAGUUUGUUCUGUAAAAUAAAAUUUUUACAUGUAAAAUAAAAGACAAAAACAUCUAGUGAUAAAACAUAUAAAAAUAAAAGCAGAUCCAUGUUCUAAGAUCUAAUUGAAUGAUAUCAUGUCAAAAUGAUAGAAAUGACAGUCUAGCAUCCAAAUAAAGAAAAUCAAACAGUUCAUUUUCCAAACAGGCUCAAACAGUUGGGAUUUGACCAUUAGAUCUACAAUAGAAUACAUGGUAAUGGCUUGCUAUUUUUAUAUACAUUUCCCAAAUAUUAACAUAACUUUCUGUAAGACUAGAAUGAUUCUAUUUCACUAACUGAAUAGCUAUGUGUUUUCCAACAUGUUGCCACUUUUUUUAAUACUGUACCAUAAGUUCAGCCUGUAAUAUUUUUUUGCAUUGGUUGUUAUGAAUACCAGGCCAUUUUGUAAGUGUGGUUGAUGAGCAAAAUGUUAAUUUACAUCUCCAGUAUGAUACCAUUACAGGACUCAUGAACUUGAAUAAUUCUGUAGUUUGAAACUCUGAUGCUCUAUUUACAAGGUAUAAUGUAUCCAGAAUUUGAUUAUUACAUAUUUAAAAUGGAAUGUUUUAUGGUUGUGCAUAUGGAUGUGAAGUGAAAAUAUUAGCCUUAACUUUAAAAAUCUGGGUAUUUGAUAGUGUUUAUUUUGAUAUUGGUGAAUUAGUCACCAGUAAAUUUUGAAAAAAGCACUUGGUUGAAAAUUGUACUUGAAUACAUACAUGCAUGCUGCUAAACUAUAACUUUGAUUUUCCCCAUAACUUUUAUAAGCCCAAUUUAUAAGCCCACUUUGAAAAAUAACAGGUCCAAGUUAGAGUGAUGUGUGUGUAUAUUAUUAUUAAAAAAAUGUACUGGUGUGAUAUCUUGUAUGAAUGAUCAUUUAAGUACAGUACAUUACUGUAGAUGCUAAAUCAAUCUUUAUAAUUAAUCAGAAAAUACAAAACUAGGAAUAAUCAACAUUGUAAAAUAUGUUAAUAAAAACCUACUGUCAUUUCGUGUGAGAA